CUGGGAGAGGACUGAAGGAGCAGUUGCCGCCGUUGGCGGCGGCCCGAGCAGUUUUCGCUGCUGCUACGGCUGUUGCCAUGAGGCGAGGUUAGGGAGGACCUCACUUCCCCGGGGUGUAAUAAUGUUAACUGAGGCCAGUCUAUCCAUAUGGGGAUGGGGAAGCCUUGGCAUUGUCCUGUUUCUAAUAACCUUUGGACCCUUUGUAAUAUUUUAUUUGACAUUUUAUAUCCUCUGCUUUGUGGGUGGGGGUUUAGUGGUUACUCUCCUGUUUGGAAAAACAAACUCAGAGAAGUACCUAGAACAGUGUGAACACUCAUUUCUUCCUCCAACAUCAACUGGGGUUCCUAAGUGCUUAGAAGAAAUGAAACGGGAAGCCAGGACUAUUAAGAUUGAUAGAAGAUUGACUGGUGCCAAUAUAAUUGAUGAACCUCUCCAGCAAGUUAUCCAGUUUUCCUUGAGGGAUUAUGUCCAGUAUUGGUAUUAUACACUAAGUGAUGAUGAAUCUUUUCUUCUUGAAAUUAGGCAGACUCUUCAAAAUGCACUAAUUCAGUUUGCUACUAGGUCAAAAGAAAUAGACUGGCAACCUUAUUUUACUACACGCAUUGUAGAUGAUUUUGGCACACACUUACGAGUAUUCAGAAAGGCUCAACAGAAAAUAACAGAGAAAGAUGACCAAGCAAAAGGUACAGCAGAAGAUCUUGUAGAUACCUUCUUUGAAGUUGAAGUUGAAAUGGAGAAGGAGGUUUGCCGUGAUCUAGUGUGCACUUCUCCCAAAGAUGAAGAAGGUUUCCUAAGAGAUUUGUGUGAGGUCUUACUAUAUUUAUUGCUACCUCCUGGAGAUUUCCAGAACAAGAUCAUGCGAUACUUUGUCAGGGAAAUCCUUGCACGAGGAAUUCUUCUUCCAUUAAUAAAUCAACUCAGUGAUCCUGAUUAUAUUAAUCAGUAUGUCAUAUGGAUGAUCCGUGAUUCUAAUUGCAACUAUGAGGCCUUUAUGAACAUUAUUAAAUUGAGUGACAAUAUUGGAGAGCUAGAGGCAGUCAGAGAUAAGGCAGUAGAAGAAUUACAGUAUCUUAGAUCUCUAGAUACAGCUGGUGAUGAUAUCAACACUAUCAAAAAUCAAAUAAAUAGCUUACUGUUUGUAAAGAAAGUAUGUGACUCAAGAAUACAGCGAUUGCAGUCAGGCAAAGAAAUAAAUACUGUGAAACUUGCAGCAAACUUUGGGAAACUGUGCACGGUCCCUCUGGACAGCAUUCUUGUAGACAAUGUUGCACUACAAUUUUUUAUGGAUUACAUGCAACAAACUGGAGGACAAGCACAUCUGUUCUUUUGGAUGACAGUGGAAGGAUACCGGGUUACCGCCCAACAGCAGCUAGAGGUUUUAUUAAGUCGUCAGAGAGAUGGAAAACAUCAAACUAACCAAACCAAAGGCCUUUUAAGAGCAGCUGCUGUUGGAAUUUAUGAACAGUAUUUAUCAGAAAAGGCAUCUCCAAGAGUUACUGUUGAUGAUUAUUUAGUAGCAAAAUUAGCAGAUACUUUGAAUCAUGAAGAUCCAACCCCUGAAAUCUUUGAUGACAUUCAAAGGAAGGUAUAUGAAUUGAUGCUACGAGAUGAAAGAUUUUAUCCUUCCUUCAGACAGAAUGCACUUUAUGUGCGCAUGUUAGCUGAGCUUGACAUGUUAAAAGAUCCUAGUUUCAGAGGAUCCGAUGAUGGGGAUGGAGAAUCUUUUAAUGGGUCUCCUACAGGAAGCAUAAAUUUGUCUUUAGAUGACCUUUCAAAUGUAUCUUCUGAUGACUCAGUACAACUUCAUGCCUACAUUUCAGACACUGUAUAUGCUGACUAUGACCCAUAUGCUGUGGCAGGAGUUUGUAAUGAUCAUGGCAAGACAUAUGCAUUAUAUGCCAUCACUGUACACCGGCGUAACCUAAACAGUGAGGAAAUGUGGAAAACCUAUCGUCGUUAUAGUGACUUCCAUGACUUCCACAUGAGAAUCACUGAACAGUUUGAAAGUCUAUCAAGCAUUUUGAAGCUUCCUGGAAAAAAGACUUUUAAUAAUAUGGAUAGAGAUUUUUUAGAAAAGAGAAAAAAGGAUCUAAAUGCAUAUUUGCAGUUACUAUUAGCUCCUGAAAUGAUGAAGGCAUCCCCGGCUUUAGCGCACUAUGUAUAUGAUUUCCUUGAGAACAAAGCCUACAGUAAAGGAAAAGGGGAUUUUGCUCGCAAGAUGGACACUUUUGUAAAUCCUCUGCGCAAUUCUAUGAGGAAUGUUUCAAAUGCAGUUAAAUCCCUUCCUGAUAGCUUGGCAGAGGGAAUGACUAAAAUGUCAGACAACAUGGGCAAAAUGUCAGAAAGAUUAGGUCAAGACAUAAAGCAAUCAUUUUUUAAGGUGCCUCCUUUAAUUCCGAAGACCGAUUCAGACCCUGAACAUCGCCGUGUUGCUGCUCAACUUGAUGAUAAUGUGGAUGACAAUAUUCCACUUAGGGUAAUGCUGCUUCUCAUGGAUGAAGUAUUCGACUUAAAAGAAAGAAAUCAGUGGUUGCGAAGGAAUAUCAAAAACCUACUUCAACAGCUUAUUAGAGCUACAUAUGGUGAUACUAUUAAUAGAAAAAUAGUUGACCAUGUUGAUUGGAUGACUUCACCUGAACAAGUAGCCGACUCAGUGAAACGUUUCAGAGAUGCAUUUUGGCCAAAUGGCAUUUUAGCAGAGACUGUUCCAUGCAGAGAUAAAAGUAUUCGAAUGAGAACAAGAGUAGCAGGAAAAACGAAGUUACUUGCAAUUAUGCCAGAUGAACUGAAGCACAUUAUUGGGGCAGAGACAACACGGAAAGAGAUCAACCAAUUCAGGUUCCAGAUUGACAGAUGAGUGCUUGGGCGAUUACUGACUUAAACGGACUGAAUUUAAUUUUUUCUUUUGUGGCAAAUAAUUUAGGACCACAAUGUUAAAGACACAUCAUACUUCUUCAUGAUAUAAAAUUAUGAAGUUUUUUUUCCCACAGAUGGAAAGAUUUAUAAUUGGUAAUCCAUUAAUUUUAUUUGAUCUCAUUUUAAAUUCCUAUUUUGGCUAAUAUUUUAGACUUUUUCAAUUCUAAAAGACAGUAGAUUGGUCAUAAUAUUUGUAUCCUUCUUGGAGCUGUAUCAGCAGACUUCUAAGGGCAUCAGAUGUGAUAACUUUUUAGUUAUCAGGGAUUGGCAUAAUAUUUCUUAAAAUGCAUAUGGUAAAAUAUUGUUUCCUUUAAGAUGUUCCUGAGGGGAAUGUUUUGUACUUUUAUGUAACUUAUACAGGACUAUCUGUAUAUGAACCAAAAAGCAGAAAUGUUCCUUUAUAAUUCAAAUGAUUGUGUCAGAAAUUCUGAGACAUUCUAUAAGAAACUUGUUUAACUUUGCUUACCUAAUUUUCUAAACUUGGUUAACCACAGAAUCUUUUGUCAUGAACAGCUUGAGGAUGAUGUUCUCAAGUAACGUAUUUUGGAAAAUAGUAGGAGAGAAAAAAAGGUCAAGGGUCUUUAGUUACGGAAUGUAAACUGGACAGAAAAGACAGUGGAUUUGGAGCACAAAGAUUUUUUUCCUGCUUGCCAUUUUAAUGGAAUGUUCAAUCUUUGGAAGAAAAGGGAAAGAUGGAUAAAGAUAAAAGUUGAAAAGUUAACAGCUGAUUAUAUAGCAGAUAUUAAAGAGUUAAAUUUGGCUCUGAAUACCAGAAUAAUGACUUCAGUGAAGAAUAAUAGAGCACAUCUCAUAAGAAGUGGGAAAUAUACUUCCACAGAUUUUGCUGAUGUGACCAGAAGAGUAGUAACUGGAAAAUGCAAGGGGAAGAAGGAAAUGCCAUACAGUUUAGUUUAUAUUUGUGCCAGACAUUGGCCCAUGUAUAUAAAAUGACAGGUAAUAUGUUUGAUUUAGGAACACUUGCAGCAGUUGAGAGUGAAAAAUGAAACUUAACCCAUGUGUUUACCAAUUCCCUGUAUGAGAGAUGCAUUAAACAUGAUCUUUUACAUAUCCUCAAGAGUGAAAUCAAACAGUAGAACUAUGUGUUAGGAGUUAUCCCCCUUUGGCGAUUGACUAGGAGGGCUUACAGAACUCAGCAUAUAGUCAUAGCUAAGAUUUAUUAUGGCAAAAGGAUUUAGAACAAGAGCAAAAAGAGAAAGUGCAUGGAUGAAGUCUGGGGAGAGCAGGCUUAAGCUGCCACUGCUCUCUCCCACUGGAGUCACACAAGAUGCAACUUAACUCCCCAGCGAGUAGUUGUGACAGCACCUGUGAAAUGUUGCCAUUUAGGGAAGCUCAUUGGAGACUUGGUGCCUAGGGUUUUUAUUGAAGGCAGUUUAUUUAGGCCCCCUUUGCCUGGCACAUAACAAUUCCAGACUCAGAAAACUGUUCAACAUAUGCCAUAUUUUUGGUACAGUUUAGGCUUACUGAGCCACAUCAGUUUUGGGAUGGGUAGGAAUACUCCUAAAAUUCUCAAACACCUGAGAACAAGGGCCAACCUUGUAAGGACGUCUCCAAGGAGAACAGUCAAGCCUCUUAUGUUAACUCUUCUGUGUGACUGUAUAAUUUGAUCAAAGGAAAUGGAUAAUAGAAAGUGAUGUUGAAAGUCCGUAAGAUUUAUUCUUGUGUUGAAGCCUCCACAUCUAGAAAUGGAAAUACGGCAAAGGAAAUUUUGAUGUAAUAAAAGGACAAACUAUUGAAAUGAUAUUGAUGUGGAUAUAUAUUGCAGUCUGAGAAACUGGAGGAAUCUUUCCAAUAAAGAUUACCAUAGCAAAUGGUUAUAUGGCACUUAAUAGUCACAACAACCUUAGGCAUUAUAGUACUGUUUUGUCUUCAGUUUAUAGAUGGGCACACUAAGAGUAGUUGAGUCAGUUUGUUCAAAGCUUCACAACUGAUAACUGGUUAUGAAGCUGAAAUCUCAACCCCGGUGGCCUGACUAGUCUAUGUUGUGAUUUCUCAGCAGUGGCACUAUUGACAUUUUGGGCUACGUAAUUCUUUGUUGUGGGAACUUCCCUGCGCAUUAUAGGUAAUGCAUUAUUUUACUCAUUCUGUCCAUUAGUAACUAAUAUUUGAGAACAUUUACAGUAGUAAUGGAAUUAAUCUAAGAGAAUUUCAACUUAAUUUUUUUAAACAUCUGAAUACCGGGUAUUAAGAGAUAUUCAAAAUAAUUGUGAUCAAGAUUAUGUUGAAAACUAAUAAAUACUUAGUGUUAAUAUGUCUACAUAAAAUUCUGUUUUUGGUGUAAUAUUCUUAGGCUAUUAGGAAAAAAAACAUGGUUUACUUCACUAGGAGGAAUAUCUCUUAAUACUGAGAUGGCCUCAUCCCUGGGCUCUGCCCAUCAGGUGAUGCCAAUAGCACCUCCUCUCCCAUUAUAACAACCAAAAAUAUAUGUGGACAUUGCCAAAUGAUAUGGGGCAGGGGGAGGGCAAAAUUACCACCAAUUGAGAACUACUGAUCUUAGUUGUCAGUCACAAAAACAAGGUAAGUAGAAGAUUGAAUUCUGGAUUGCUGAAUGUCUUCUCUCUUUUAAGCAAUUACUUGACAAAUGUGUGGCUCGCAUUGUACGGAGAAUGUAAAUGUAAAUAGAAUGCCUACUUCUGCCUUAAAGGGAGGAGAAGGCUUGGGGCAACAAACCCAAAUUUCUUACCUUGCUUAAGCAUCCCACAGUUGGGGGAGGUGGGUAGGGAAGGGACUUACAGCCUAAGAUAAAUAAGGAAAACAGUUUUUCAAGAUGUUUGAAGAUGUGAGGUAAAUGAUUACAUUAAAAAUUGUUGGCUAACAAUUGUAAGGCUAAUUAUUUUAGUAUUAAUGGUUCUUAUGAAAAUUUUUCUUUCAAAUAACUGUUGUCCUUUUAUUUGUGAGCCAGUUCUUCUAAAGCCUGAAAAUUUUCUUGCAGCCUUCUUUGCAAGUAAACUCUUGCCUAAAUCCUCUUGUCUGAGUUUUUUCCUUCAACAGGUGGAUGUUCCACUGGGAAUGCCUAGGUGACUCACCGGCUGAGCCAGCUUCGCCUCAUUGGCUGUUUACAUCCAGGCUCACCUUGCCUCCAGGAUGAACCUCAUUCAACAAUUAGAGCCUUUACAUUUGCUGACUGUUUUCUACUUUCCCCUUCUCAUCGUUCUUUUUCUGGGUGUUGGUGAAGUCUCAUUCUGGUUUUGAUUAGUGGAUAGCUGUUUUAUUUCUCAAUUGAUGGAAGCAGUUUUGGGGAGCGGACUCGUGGUGUGACCUAAUUUUCUGUCAAGCAGCUGUUUAUCUUUCUUGAUUGCCUUCAUUUCUUCAAGACUCUUUAUAUCAACUGGCAUCUUGUCUCUCCUGUAUGACUAAGUUCAUGUUGCAGUCAGUUUCUCCUGCCAGUGGCGACUCCUUCAUGUUUCUUGUCUAUUUACAUUGAAUACUAUUUAAACAGUAUUCAAGAGAAUAGUUUUCAGGCUUGCUGGAAAGAAAGCAUCUUUCAGCUAUCCUUUGUGUCUGAUCCUCCUUUAGUAAGUCGGUGAGUGUUGUUCUUUCUUUUUUAUUAAAAAGGAUAAAGGUGUGUGUGUGUGUGUGUGUGUGUGUGUGUAAACAAGAAAAUACUUCUCUCCUUGUAAGGUGUGUGUAUGUAUGUGUAAAUGAAAGAAAAGACCUCUCCUUGUAAAAGGCUUUUACAGAUGUUUAUACUUGUAACACUUCCUGUAUUUGCAGCUGGCAUUUACCCAGUUUAUGGUCUCUGAACUGAAAAUUAAUUGGACAUAAAAACUGAUCAUUUCUAUAUAAUGGAAUGAGACAGCAGACUGAAUGGGAAAAUUACUUCUGGCAUUUCUGGAGCUUCCUGACUGCCUAAGCAAUCUAAAGGGUAUUGGUUGCUUGGAUUUUUCUUUCUCCUUUCUUUAAAAAAAGAAAAAAUGUUCCAUAAAAUAAAAUGAAUCAAAUACAAACCAGAUGUUCUGAAAAAGCUUUGUGUUUAAAAAACAACAACAAAACAAAUACUGAAAUGGGAAGAAUUUGGCACUAAACCCCUCCAGAGUGCCCUAGUAUUUUAUCAUAUGACUAUACAGUAUUUUCUAAAUACAUUUGUUGAUAAACUUGCAUGCCUUUGCUUCUUUCCAGAGAUAAGUAAUAAAGUAGGUUUUAAUGUCUCUUAAAUUUAAUGGAGCUCUGUAUCCACUCCAAAUCUGAAUGUUGUCCCAUUAUUGGAGGUGGGGCAUGGUGGAAGAUGUUUGCAUCAUGGGGGCGUAUUCUUCAUGAAUGGCUUGGUGCUAUCCCCUUGGUGAAGAGUGAGUUCAUGUGAGACCUGGUUGUUUAAAAGGUGUGUGGUACCUCCUCCUUUUCUCUGUUGCUCCUACUCUCACCAUGUGACAAUCCUGCUCCUGCUUCAGCUUCUGUGAUGACUAAAAGUCCCCUGAGACCUCCCAGAAGCUGAGCAGAUGCCGCUUGAGCAGCCCACAGAUCAAUGAGCCAAUUAAACCCCUUAUCUUCAUAAAUUACCCUGUCUCAGAUAUUCCUUUAUAGCAAUGCAAGAACAGCAUAACACAAGCUCCUAUUUUGAUUGGCAUAAACAGACAAAGUAAGACUUGUUUAAGUUUAAGAGACAUAGUUUUCAGAGAGAAAGGAAAAAAACUUCAAUGGGUAAAUUUGCUAGUUCUUUUAGGAAUUUCAGAUUCUUAAGGACGUUGGUAGAAGUAGCCAUGAUUUAAAUUAAUGGCCUUGACUGCUAAAUUACAAGAAACAAAGGUAUACAUAUGUUAUCAAAUAACAGGAAAUCUAAGACCAUCAGUAUUUUUAAAUAAAAUGAGGUUUUUAAUCCCAUUAAGAAGUGGGCAAAGGAUCUAAAUAGACAUUUUUCAAAAGACAUGCAAAUGGCCAACACAUGUAUGAAAAAGUGCUUGUUAUUAAUCAGGGAAAUGCAAAUCAAAACCUUGAGAUGUCAUCUUACCUUAGUUAGAAUGGCUGUUAUCAAAAAGACAGAAAAUAACAGAUUCUGGGAAGGAUACAGAGAAAAGUGAACUCUCAUACCCUGUUGGUGGAAAUGUAAAUUAGUGUAACCAUCAUGGAAAAACAGUAUGGAAAUUUAUCAAAAAACUAAUAAUAAAACUGCCAUAUGAUCCAGUAAUUCCACUACUGGAUACUUGUCAAAGGAAAAGAAAUCUAUAUAUCAAAGGGAUGCAUGUACUCUCAUGUUUAUUACAGCACUUUUGACGGUAGCAAAGAUAUGGAAUCAACCUAAGUGUUCACCAGUGGAUGAAUGGAUAAAGAAAAUAUGGUAUAUUUGCACAGCGAAAUACUAUUUGGCCACGAAAAAGAAUGAAACCAAAUUUGCAGCAACAUGGAUGGAACUGGAGGUCAUUAAGUGAAAUAAGCCAGCCAUGGAAGGAUAGCUGUUACAUAACUCAUGGGAGCAAAAAAAGUUGAUUUCACAAAAGGAAAUAGUAGAUUGAUUGUUAUAAAAAGCUAGGAAGAAUGUCAGUGGGAGGUUGUUUGGGGGAGACAAUGAAGGGAGUUCAUAAUGGGCAAAAAUAUACAGUUAUAAUGUAGAGUAGGGUGGCUAUACUUAAUGUAUUGUACGUUUCAAAAUCAUAGAUGUAAGGACUUGAAUGUUCUCAGCAUCAUAGAAAUGAUAAAUGCUUGUGGUGAUGGAUGUCCUAAAUACCGACCUGAUAUUACAUAAUCCAUGCAUGUAAAUUAUCACAUGUUUUCCAAAAAUAUAUACCAGUAUGUAUCAAUAGAUUACUCAGCUCUAAAAAAUGAGUUUUUUAUUAUUUGGUAUGUAAUGGUGGCAAAAGAUCAGGUAAUAUUACUAAACAAAAUGAAUACUUAGUUGAGACAAGUGUAAUAAUUUUUACUUAAGUCAGCUGUAUGUUUUUGCCCUGAUGUGAAUUACUCUAAAGUUUCUAAUUUAUGUAAAAUUUUGUUAUGUUUUCUUAUGAGCAGCAGAAUUUGAACACCAUGAAUUUUCUACACUGAUUUAAUCGGUCAGGUAAGAGAUUUGUCUCCACAAAACAUUAAAGAUUAUGAAGGUAUGAAAAACAUUUGUUCAACUAAAUUAGUAGUUUUCAACUGGGGGUCAUUUCACCACUCAUGGAACAUUUGAUAAUAUAUGGAGACAUUUUUGAUGGUCACUACUGGUAUAUUGCUGCUGUUGUCUUCAUGGAUGGAGACCAGGGAUGAUGCUAAAUAUCCUGUAGCUCCCCACAGUAAAGAACUAUAUGGUCCAAAAUGUCAAGAGCACGAGGCUGUGAAACACUGCACUAAAUUAUGUUUUUAUAAAGAAGCAUUUGUUUCUCUGAUGCUACAGAUCAUAUGAUGGUGGUGUGUUGAUAGUUAUUCCAUUUAUAAUGUCUAUUUAAAAAAAUGUUCGUAUUCUUAAAAUUUAUUGUAUAUAUCAGUGGUUUCUUUUAUUGUUAAUAUUUCAUUGUAUGGAUAUGCCACAGUUUUAUCUAUUCACCGGUUUAAGAACAGUUCGAUUCUUUCAAGGUUUGGGUGAGUAUUAAUAAAGCUGCUAUAAACAUUGUUGUAUAA